AUGCGCACAGUCGUGGAGGCGUAUUUACCGACAACUUGUGAGGGGCUUUGGUCUUCCCCGUCCAUGACGUGGCAACCUUGCCCAGCUGAGGAAAGCUACGCGGCGGAUGCAAUGCGCUCCCUUGAGUUGGCAGUGUGUGCCUUCUUGCAUUCUCUCAAUGUCUUGGCUGACCCCGUUCUCCAUCAGUUGCCUCCGGAUGACGCCGUCGUCCCGAAUGCCCUCAACGCACCCUUUCUUCCCCCACAACGAAAACUGUGGCGUGUGCGAACCGAGCGAUUUCCUGCAUUGUAUGUUCCAGCGGUGUUUCCAUUCCUCACAAACGGCACAGCAUUGUGCGAUGUGGUGGAGAAGGUCACGCAUCGCCGACUUUCCGUUUACCGGAACCCGCGGGUGAAAUCCAAUUGUAUGGAAAACAUUCAGGCCGCGUUUACGGAGCUGCAAACGUCUUGCCCCGUGAAGAUGAGUCCGUUUUUUCUUGACGCGCCUGAACGUGUAUUUUAUGGUGACCGACGAUUCAUCUUGCUGCUCCUAGAGGAUGUCAUGCGAAUGGCCAACGACGUUCCUCCACGGCGGCGCCCUCCCUGCCCCGGCGACACGCCGUACCUUGGAGGACAACACCCCGCUCCGGCUCCACGUGCCCCAACGAUUCAGGCGUCGGGGCCGGCGUUUGCGGCGUCGCUGCCCGAGGUGCAGAAGCAUCAACGCCUGGGCGAGUCGGCGGCGCGGCGCUCUGCAAGGGUCAGUGGGGACGAGGCAGGUUCACGGGGCUCUGACAAGGCAACCCCGCGUUGCCACAUCGCCUCACCGCUUUGGGAGCGCCGGGGAGUUGUGGGCUCGACUCUGACUAAGCGAACAUCCCCCUCCCCUGCGCCGGUGGCUGAGGCGAAUGUCACGGAGAGUAGGUUGAAUGCUCCAGUUGCUACUCUGAGAGGCGUAGAGUACACGGAGGAGGAGGUGGCGUCGAUGCGACGGUGGCUUAUUGAGGUUCUUGGCUCGGACUUUCACUACACCGCCGCGGAUCAUUCCUUCUCCGUCUCGUCUCGUGAACUCCAGCUGAGCGGCAAAUCCCUUAUUUUUUCUGACGGGGUUGUCUUGGCACAUGUGAUACGUGCUUUGGAGCACCGUCGCUGCGUGGAGCUCGAGUCAAUAGAGAUGCAUGCCAGGGCCGCUGCAGCAAAGCGACGUAACAUUAGGAAGUGUGUCUCAUUUUUGCAGACUGAGAAGCGUGCCCUGCUCAAUGUGCCGCUGCUAGACGAGAUACUUCUCUCCGGCGAUCGCCUUGGUGUGUUGUACGUUCUGCACUGCCUAAAGAAUACCUACCGCUUUGCUGUGCGAGUAUAG